CUCCUUGGAUUGCUGCCAUAAGCAAUGGAACUAAUUUUUUUUGCGCAGGCACGCUCGUUCAUCCACGUUUCGUCUUGACAGCCGCCCACUGCAUUAAAAAUAAUCAACAAUUUCUGGUGAGCUUAGGGAUGUACGACAUAACCUGCCCAGAAGAAAAGUGCCCAGAAAUAAAAAAUUAUGAUGUGAUUAAGGCCAUACAUCAUCCCCAUUUUAACGACUUUACCAACGAAAAUGAUAUCGCUAUUUUAAAAUUGAGCGUUGAAGUGGUUUACAAUGAAUAUAUCCGUUCGAUCUGCAUUGUCACUGGUGACGGGCUUAAAACGUCGUCAAUCGUGAAUUUCUCGGCAUAUGGCUGGGGUGCAACGGAGAACCUUUACUUAAGCCCAAUCCUUAAGACCAUCAAUCUUUCCCACACACCGCAAUCUUGCUUAAAGUUUCACGAGGAAUCGCAGAUCUGCGCUGGUGCCGAAAGAGGCGACACUUGCCAUGGUGACUCAGGUGGUCCACUGGUCGCCAAUAUCACAUAUCGGGGAUUCGUAUUCCCCACAUUGAUUGGGAUCACUAGCGUUGGUUCCAGAUUCUGCAACGCUAGUGCCAACUACGCGAACGUUACGUUCUACAGACAAUGGAUCAAAGAUACCAUUUUGGCUAACAAUUACGAUCAGGAUCAGGAGCCCUUGUUGGAUGAGAACUGCAGCAACAGUCGGGAUAAACAUGGAGAUGUUGACGUAUCCUGGAAAGUACUAUUAUUAUAUUGCACCACCAUAACGGAGGCCUGUAACGACAGUCCCCAAGAAGGCAGUCGUCUGGAGUUCAGGUCCCAGUCCCAGUCGCAGUCUCAUCCGGACAUCCUGACAUCCGGAUCUCAUCCACAUCCCCCAGGAAUCCCGACGACUUACGGUCGCAGUUAG